AUGCAACCUCAAUCUAAUAACCAAAUAAAUGCUGUAAGGAACAAUCAACCUGAUAAUCCUAAGAUUAAAGAUAUAAAUAUAUAUUGUCUUGAGGUUAUAGAAACAACAAAAGAUAACAGUG